CGGCGGGGUUUGUACCGGAGGGUCCCGGUCCCCUUCCCCCCCCCCCCCCCCCCGCCUCCUCCCGCCGGCCGGUCACGUGACGGCAGAAGAUGGCGGGCGCGGACGAGGAGUUCGAGGACGCGGUGGACGUGGAGCCGCUGGAGCCCACCCUGACCAACAUCAUCGAGCAGCGCUCGCUCAAGUGGAUCUUCGUGGGCGGCAAGGGAGGCGUGGGCAAAACCACCUGCAGUUGUAGUUUGGCCGUGCAGUUGUCAGAGGUUCGAGAGACUGUGCUGAUUAUUUCCACGGACCCAGCCCAUAACAUUUCUGAUGCAUUUGAUCAGAAAUUCUCCAAAGUGCCAACAAAAGUAAAGGGUUAUGACAACCUCUUUGCUAUGGAAAUUGAUCCAAGCUUGGGUGUGGCUGAACUACCCGAUGAAUUUUUCGAAGAAGAUAAUAUGUUGAGCAUGGGCAAGAAGAUGAUGCAGGAGGCGAUGAGUGCAUUCCCAGGCAUUGAUGAAGCUAUGAGCUAUGCUGAAGUAAUGAGGUAAUGUAUUGGUGAAGGCAUGAAUUUCUCGGUGGUGGUGUUCGACACGGCACCAACAGGGCACACACUGCGACUCUUGAAUUUCCCAACUAUCGUUGAGAGGGGUCUCGGGAGGCUAAUGCAGAUUAAGAACCAGAUCAGUCCUUUCAUCUCUCAGAUGUGCAGUAUGCUCGGACUUGGUGAUAUGAAUGCAGAUCAACUUGCAUCAAAGCUGGAAGAGACCUUGCCCGUCAUUCGUUCAGUCAGUGAGCAGUUUAAAGACCCGGAGCAGACCACGUUUAUCUGCGUGUGCAUCGCUGAGUUUCUAUCCUUGUAUGAAACGGAACGACUAAUCCAGGAGUUGGCAAAGUGCAAAAUUGACACCCACAACAUUAUUGUAAACCAACUGGUGUUCCCAGACCCUGGGGAGAAACCUUGUAGGAUGUGUGAGGCACGGCACAAAAUCCAAUCAAAGUACCUAGACCAGAUGGAGGAUCUGUAUGAAGAUUUUCACAUCGUGAAGCUCCCACUGUUACCUCAUGAAGAGGGCACUGACAAAGUCAAUACCUUCUCCAAGCUCUUGCUUGAACCUUACAUGCCACCCAGUAAAUGAAGCAGACUUCCUUCAUUCCGUUUCAAUACUGACGCAAGGAAACCUAGGAUUUGUAAUUUAUUAACACUAUGUUUAUAGGAACACGCAUGGGGAGGGGAUGUGUGGAUGUUAUUUUAUUGUGUUGGGCCAGGUGAGGAUUUUUGGUUUUUUGUUGACGUAAUUUUGAGAAAUACUGACUACUCGGGGCCGCUAUAGGUUGUGUCAGAGCUGGGUUUGUGGAGCAAAACAAAUUUGAUCUAGAUCUUUGCUCUUGCAAACUUUACACAAUCACUUUCCAGCUUUGACCAGCCUUCCUCCCCUUUGGUCUUUACCUAUCCCCUCUAAAGUAAGCCAUUGACUUGAGACUUGACCCACUGCAGCCCCAUGGCAGCUGGAGUUUCACUCCAGUGUAGGGUCAGUUUUUCACUUCUAAUGUAAUAGUCAUCAAAGGAAGUGCAUAGUUCACAAAUGAAGUAGCAAUUCUACCAUGAAGCAAUUGUGACAUGUUGAGAGAAUUUGCAGUAUCGACAUUGUGAAGCUAGUCCAUUAAAUCCUUAACACUAGCAACUUUUUCCACGUUACGUUUGUUACAUGUCAACAGAGUUAAUGAUGUCAGUGGGAGCCUUCUCCUGAUAUAGGGACAUACUCUCAUUUAAUAAUCUUUCUUGUGACUGUUACAUUAGACCAGUUCUUAUUCUGGGUACACUGUCCUCCAUAAGGUAUCUUGGUCUAGUGUAGACCUUGGAUACAAUAGAAAACCUGAUUGUUUUGUUCAGUUGUCAAGUUUCACCUUUUUAGCCAGUGUUACUUGUUUAAGGUGUUGCAGGACUUUUUGUGUUUUGGUACACCUGGCAUUUAACUGAGCAUCCUUGUAGACCUGCUGCAAUUGUUGCCCAUGCUUUAUGGAAUCUUAUUUUCCUGACUUGUUAAAUUUUAAUGAAGAAACUUAAGAAUACCUGACUAGAAUGGUACUUUCAAAUGUUUAUAAUACUGCAUUGGACUUGCCAGAUAAGUGUUUGAGUUGUUCUUGGCCUUGAUGCAGAUCCUUGAGUUGUGGGGGGGUGGUGCGGGGGGAGAGGAGAGCCAGGUAAAUGUCACUUUACUUCAUGCAGUGGCUCAACUGGUUUAAAAUAAUAAGCCAUUUCAGCCCAGUAUGAUUGAUCCCUGGGCUUGGCAAGAACAGUUCAGAUUUUUGCUCUGGUCAUGGCAGAGAAGAUGCCCACAGUAGGGAAAGGGGAAAAAUUGGCUACUAUUCCUGAAUAGUUCUCAUCUGUCCAGGAAAAUGGGUGAUGGAUGUGAACAACUUUGGGCUCAAAUGUUAGCUAUCACAGUGUCUGAUACGUGAGAAAUGGGCACACACAAGGUGCUAGAAUGUGCUGAAUGACACCAAUGGUGUAUUCCUCCAGAAGAAGAUGGAAGCUCAUAAUGUGGGAGAUUAAAUUCAGUAAAUCAAAAGAAUUGUUCUCCAGCAGAUGUAUUUUCAUAGGGGUAUGUGAAGCCUGUGGUGACUAAGUUGGUAAUUCUGAGGCAACAGGCAACUCGUAAAGCAAAUUAAGUCCCCUGGGUGAUAAAACUAAUGAUUGUCAGCAAUGAGAUAAUUCAAUGCAUUUGGUUUAAGUACCAGGAGGUGAACGUUGAAUAUUUUCUCUGCAGCCUGAAGCUCAUUCCAAACAGGGACCAGCAAAGGUUCAAGGUGGAGUGGGAUUGGGUUUUAAUUUUGCAACUGCAGAGGAGGUGGAGGCCAAAAGUCAUCGGACUGAUGCAUUCAAGCACCAGAUUGCCCUCCCUCUGCUGUUUGCCCACUUUAGAUUGUUUUUGUAAAGUACUCUGGCUAAUGGAUCAACAGAUCUCUUUGGGAGCAGGGGUGAUGAGUUUGAAUCAACCAAAUGAGAUGGAGGGGGGACAUAAUGAGGAACAGUUGGCUGUUUUAAGAAUGUCUGUUCUUAAGCUACAAAUGACAAGUGUCUGGCAUCUAAAAUUUAUUAUUUAAACCUAGAAUAAAUUUCUCAUCCCACACCAGA